CCCAAGUCACCGACCAUCCGAGCUGCUCAUCACAUCCCCGAGCUGUCCUCUGUCCAAGCGGCUCACCAUCCCAGGGCAUUCGCUUCAAUCACCCAAGCACACAAUAGCCCAGCAACCCACAGCAAUCCAGGCACCACACACGCACCCGCGUCGACAAUCGCAUGUGGCUUGGCCGACGCGCAGAAGCAUCUUUUGCGUUUUUCGUUCCCAGAGGGCCGAUCGCCUCCCUCCACAGAAGAGGCUGGCAGUCGCAACUUUUUUUUUUUUCUCUCUUCUCGUGCGCUGUGCUAUCUCGCCCCGCCUCCUUUAAAGCCGUGCUUUCCUCGCCCUUCGUUCGCGGCGCUUCGCCCUCAUCGCUGUCGAUCCCUUUGAUCCAAAUCCUUUUUUUUGCUUUCAAAGUCUAUCUGCCAUGGCUGCCAUCACUCCUCAAAAGUGGGACUCCCGCUUCUCCGGCCCUGUUCCUCAUGACAUCAGCUACUACUCCAAGUGUGUUCUUGGCGGUGUCCUGGCCUGCGGUGUGACCCACGCUGCCAUCACCCCCCUCGAUGUCACCAAGUGCAACAUGCAGGUCAACGCUGCCAAGUACCCCGGUCUCGUCAGCGGUCUCCGUGUCAUCCUCGCUGAGGAGGGUGCCGCUGGCCUCUUCAAGGGCUUCACCCCCACCUUCCUCGGCUACUCUGCCCAGGGUGCCUUCAAGUACGGUCUCUAUGAGGUCUUCAAGGACAUCUACUCGAACGCCCUCGGCGAGCAGGCCUCCAAGGAAUACAAGGGUCUGAUCUGGUGUUCCGCCUCGGCCUCUGCCGAGUUCUUCGCCGACAUUGCCCUCUGCCCCCUCGAGAUGGUCAAGGUCAAGGUCCAGACCUCCGUCCCCGGCACCUUCCCCACCGCCUUCGGCCCCGCCCUCGCCAAGAUGUCUGCCGAGCGUGCUGAGACCGGCUUCCCCUUCCGCUCCCUCAAGCCCCUCUGGUCUCGCCAGAUCCCCUACACCGUUGCCAAGUUCUUCUUCUUCGAGAAGGUCGUCCAGCUCUUCUACACCCACGUCUUCACCGCCCCCAAGGAGACCUACUCCAAGGGCACCCAGCUCGGUGUUACCUUCGCUUCUGGCUACACCGCCGGUGUCAUCUGCGCCAUCGUCUCCCACCCCGCCGACACUGUCGUCUCGCUCCUCGGCAAGCCUGCCAACAAGGGCAAGUCUCUCGGCGCCAUCGCCUCUGAGUUCGGCUACUUCAACCUCUGCACCAAGGGUCUCGGCACCCGUGUCCUCAUGAUCGGUACCCUCACCGGUCUCCAGUGGUACAUCUAUGACACCUUCAAGAGUGUCAUGGGUAUGGGCACCACCGGCGGCAAAUAAGCGGCCCAGCUUCCUGCACACAGUAGACUUUCAGCCUUCUCCCUGCAUUCCCCCGCGGUACCAGCCUUCUCCCCCCCCUUCCUGUUUGCGCCCCCGCUGCUCAUUGGAUCAAAGGAUUUGUCUGACAGCAAUCGGAUGUGUUCCUUUUUUGUUGACACGUAAUACACCCCUUAAAACCAUA